ACAGGUAUAAAUAAGUAUUUUUGAUUUUGAUUCGCAAUCGAUUCACAAUAUGUUACGACUGUUGCUCAUUGUAAGCUACGCCGCCUGUUUUUUUGCAAAAUCGAAUUAUUUGGUGGAUGCCAUCAGUAAUGUCCAGGAAAGCGAACCUUCAUCCAAUGCCGCUCCAGCCAACCAUCUAGAUUGGAGGAAGGCAAUCUUACAACACUUAGACGUUGCUGAUAAUAACGGAGGAGGCUCGCCACUCUUAUCGGUGCUGGUGAAUGACCAGAAUGAGAAACUCAAAUCGGUGGUCGAAACACUACAACCUAGCGAUCCCAACAGAAAAGUGGAAGUUACAUCGUUUCUGCUUAACAGAAAUACGGGCUCCGAACCCAAAGUAAAUGAGAAGUUGCGUGCCUUCAAGCUCGUCGAUGACAAAGAGGUGUUAAAGAUGUUCAACCGCACUAGCGCCAGUGCCGCUCUCGAUGCGAUCGACACCGACCAAGACGCCAUUCGUACUGCUAAUAUUAAAGCAGGCAAACACAAUGUCCGACUGUCACUCAAGAGGAAGUCUUUUAUCUUCGGUCGAAGUCAGCAAGCCAACACCGCAUUGGUAUUGCUUCUGGCAACUGGUCGUUUAGACGCUGCUAGUGAAUUACUUAAGCUUUACGCUGCCUCCUGUUCACACUAAAGAAUGCAUUACGAAAAUGGAAAUAAUAACAUUAUGUAAUUACAAUAUUGUAAUGUAACAAUAAAUUUUGUACUUUCCAA